UCUUUGUCCCUCUGAGAUAGUUUUGUUCAUACACUUGAGCACGUCUAUCCCCAUCAGUCCGUUCGGGAUCUUGCCCCAGACGCGUCUAUCGAUCUACUUAAUUUGAAGAAAAAGCAAAGGACAUCUGAUUGUUGCAUAAUAUACAUUCUGUCAUCUCUAUCUGGCGCGUCGAGAACAGAAUAUAUCCAACCAUGGCUCCUUCAGAAGCAUACAUCCUGAGCAGUUUCCUUCUGUCUCCCGGUCCUUUACCGACGGUCAUCUCAUUGCAGCAGUUUACGGAACUGUUCCCUAAAAGGCUGCGCUCUCACCCGCAUGUCAAAACUCUUUAUCGAGAACUGCAGGAGAUCCGAGACCAGGAUCUGAACGUAGUAAACGGGAACAUUGACCAAGAAACCAAGGAUGGCGAGAAGCAAAAAGAGGAACUUCGAAAGGCCAUCAUGAAGUCCGGCAUCGUGGACAUGGAUGACCAUGAUCAACGAGAAAUGGAUAUGGACGUUCAGCUGUUCGGACAGAAGACAGAUGUCGCAUUUUCCUCUGAGGAAUAUCAUUCCAUGUCGAGUCUCUUGUCGGAAAUGGAAUUGGCUUGUACGAACAUUGAGCAUUACAUAUCUAGGAUUGAUCAGGAUGCAGCUGCGAUUAUUUCCGAACUUACCACGACUGUGGGUGAUCUGAGUGACCUGAGAUACGGCAAAAUGCAAGGCCCUGGCAGUGCAGGCGAUGUCGUGGACCAGGCAAUGCAGGGCCUUGCCAAUCUGGAAGAUGCUUCUGUCCACGUCUGGACUUACUCUUCUAUUAGUCUAUCAAGAACUGAUCAUCGAACUAAAAUGCCAUCCAUCCCCCUCCACCCACGCGCAAUCUCUCCCUCUAAACCUUACGACAACCCCCUCCCAAACACCCUCCAGACACCCUCCGGCCUCGCCCUCCUCGAACUCCAAGGCACAAUCAACCUCCCAUCGACAGAGGGACAGCAACCAGACGACCAAGAAGCCCAGAACCAAGACCUAACCGACAAUGAUACCGCUCCUACCGCUACAGGAAUCACCUACGAAACCACCCUCGGCAAAUUGAUGUUUCCAGAUUACUCCCCGCAAACUACAAGCAAAGACGAUACCAGCUGGAUUAAACGGGUCUAUCUGUACGUUGGUAGGUAUCAAAGGAUGACGGGGGAGGUGAAGAAGCUACCGCAGCCGAUUGCGAUUGUGCAGCGAAGGGGUGAGACGGAUGAGUUGGAGAUUCGGGAGAUUGUGAAGUUCAAGAUGAUCUUUAAGAGUCGUCCGGAGCCGGUGAAUAAUAGUUGAGUCGCGUGUUCGCUCUACUUUGGGUUGAGGAUGGGGGUGUUCGUUGGAAGGGUUUCGCGCACACAAUGGCGGAUAUAGGAGCAAUUACUCCGUGGGCCAGGCUUCAAAAGACACUGGCUAUCAUCACACAUGUGUCCCUGGGGUACGCUUGGAGCAGAAAGGAUGAUCACCGGCGACGAAAUCUACGGCCAGCGAGGUUAUGAAAUCAGGAGAACGGCGCCCUUUACAAAACACAGACGACAGCUCAAACCGCCCCAAGUUUCUUCAACAUGUGCUCCCACCUGAUGCUCCAUUCCCAGAAUUCAUCAGUUCCAGCU